AUGGCACUUGGGAACAGGUCCGAGGGCUCUAUUGGAGAUGCAUUCGCUUCUCUGUCCACGAAUAACUUCGAGCUCCCCCCUCGCUUCGGCAGCUUGAAGCAGCAGCUGGUAGGCCAGAAUGGGGAGGCAAUACUUGAUAGCUGGCUGCGUCUUCUCAAGCACCUGGACGAGGAGACAAUCCCCAGCGUCAAUGAGCUCAGCCAUUCAAUCAUUCCAGAGGUCGACUUCAGCUCAAUUGUCGAAAAUGGCGGUCGACUUCCCGAAAAAUCAAAAGCCCUGCUCAAAGACCGCGGCACGAUUGUGAUUCGAGGGUUAGUGUCGGAGAGACAGGCACUCGAAUGGAAGCAGUCUGUUCGCGAGUACAUCAAGAAGAACCCUUCAACCAAAGGUUUCCCGGCCAAUGAUCGCCAGGUAUACGAGAUCUAUUGGAGCAAGGCCCAACUUGAGGCCCGGGCACAUCAGAACAUGCUUUUAGCACAGACAGCACUGAACCUUGUUUGGGAUAAGCAGGACCAUGACAAGGUGGUGUUGUCUGAAGCCGUAGCCUACUGUGAUCGCUUAAGGAUGAGGAUGCCCGGAGACAAGUCUUUCAACCUGGGUCCUCAUCUCGAUGGAGGAUCGUUAGAGCGAUGGGAAGAUCAAGAAUACCGCAAAUGCUAUACGGAAAUCUUAGAAGGCCAUUGGGAGGAUCACAAUGCUUUCAAUGUUAGCCCCAGGCUCAAUGCCACUGUUGAUAUGUACAACGGACCCGGGGGUUGUUCUGCGUUCAGGUCGUAUCAGGGUUGGCUUUCACUCUCGAACUGUGCCCCAACAAAUGGAUCUCUUCGGGUUUUCCCUGACCUCAAAGCCUCAACAGCCUAUACACUUCUGCGGCCCUUUGUGACAGAGACUGGUGACCGAUGGUCUCUGGACAACAAGUCUCCCAUUUUCCAUGGGGCUGCUAUGGGUGCCGGCCAAGAGCUUCUUCCAAGCCUCCAUUCCCAUAUCAGCCCACGAGGCUUCGUAACUAUCCCGACCGUACGUCCGGGUGAUGCUGUAUUUUGGCAUUGCGACACUGCGCACAUGGUUGAGGCCGAGCAUCAAGGCACGGAAGAUGCCAGCGUCUUCUAUAUCCCCUCGUUCCCCUUAUGCAAUGUCAACGCCACCUAUCUGAAACGUCAAAGGGAAAACUUUUUAAACUUGCGGCCACCACCCGACUUUCCGGGAGGUAUUGGAGAGUCGGAGCAUAUAGAUGCCGGCUCAGUCGCGGACCUGUCUCCAGAAGGAAAACGUGCGAUGGGUUGCGGCCCAUUUGACCCCAACUUGGCAUCCACUCCAGGUGAAAAGUUGGCAUAUCAAUUUGCUAACGAAACACUUGAGUUCAAUUAA